UCAUGAGAACUCAUUGCUUUUUGGCUUUUAUUCGAAGUUGAUCUAGGCAUUUCCAAAAAUAAUAAGUUUUUUUUUCUGGCAAAAUACGAACUAAAAAUGGAUCAUAUUCCAAUCGAAAUGGACGAAGAGAGCAUUAGUGCAAUGAACAACGUUAUUGGAAAGGCCACAAAAUCCGCGACUGCAAAAAUGAACCAAUUCAAAAACGAAUUGAAAAAGAGUCAGGACUAUCUUAUUUCCACACAGGGUCCGAUGGAACAGGAAAUAAUGAAAGAGGCUUUGAAGAUCAGAGCUGAUGAGUUUGAGGAGCAUUACAAAAAAUAUAUUAAGAAUAACAUAUUUGACGACAAAGAAAAAGAUUCCGUCAGUGAUCAAAAAUCGGAUAUGGAGGAACAUCAAGCUGAUAAAAUAAAGAAUCGCUUAAAGGAGAAAUAUGAGGAAGCUCUAAAGCACGAUGAGAAAUUGGAGGCUGAAGCGAAGCGCUCUUUCAAUGAUCCUGAUUCUGAAGUGGUAGAACAUCAAACUGAAUUAAAAAAACGCCACAAGGAUCAAGUAGACCUUUAUAAGGUGGUGCAAGAAAAGUUGAUGGCCAGCUUCAAGAAGGAUAUGGAUAAGCUUAUGAUAAAGUUUGAGGCGGAGUAUUCACGACUCAGUAAGGCCCAUUCCGAGUUAAUGGCAGAUACUCCAAUGCAACCGGAAAUGGACAAUACCGAUGCCUCCAGCACUCAUCAGCCUUAGAAAAAUGUUUGGACCUUUUGAGCAGUUAUACAGUUUUAUUUACACAAAACAAACGCCACUGGGAGACGCCACAGAAUAGACGCCAAUGAAGAAAUUCCAUACCCGCCUUGUAUUUUAAAUUACCUUGUUUUAAAUUUUAUUUUACAUAUCUCAAGCAAUUAAUAAAUACUAAUUGAGAGAUUAAAAAA